ACCACGACGAAGUCAAGGCCAACGGCUAGACCAGCACCCCCGCCGACGCCGGCGCGAUCUUAAAGACCAAUCCUUUCUCCAAAAGUCGAACCCAUCCUACUAGACACAAUGAAAUUCCCCGCCGACGACCCCGUCGUCGCAAAGACAAUGAAGUACGCGCGCGCGGUCCUGCACCCGGAGACCUUCAACCACUCCAUGCGAGUUUACUACUACGGAAUGGUAAUCACUCACCAGCAAUUCCCCUCGCACGCCGCGACCCUGAACCCUGUAACCUGGGCCCUGACCUGCCUGCUGCACGACCUGGGCACCGCAGCAGAAAACCUCACCGCGACGCGCAUGUCCUUCGACAUCUACGGCGGCAUCAAAGCUCUUACUGUCUUACAGAACUUCGGCGCGACCGCCGACCAGGCCGAGGCCGCCGCGGAGGCCAUGGGCGUCGACGGCACCAUCACGUUCAUCGGGCAGCUGAUCCAGCUGGCGACGACCUACGAUAACACGGGGUACCAUCCCCAUGUGUCCGGGUUUGAGGGGUUGGUGCAUGCGACGAGGCGCGAGCAGAUCAACGAGGCGCAUCCCCGGCUGAAAUGGUGCCGUUUCUUCGCGGAGGUGAUUCGCAAGGAGGAGACCGUCAAGCCGUGGUGUCAUUCGACGCAUUUGGUGGGGUUUGACAGGGAGAUCGAGGCGAAUGAGUUGAUGGCGCGGUGGGAGUGAGAGCCUCCUACACAGACGUUUAGUUUGACGGCAUUUGCCGGGGGAUGCAGCAGAGGUUGGCUGGGUGCUGUCUGCAAGGGCGAAUUAUAGAAAACAUUAUGGAAAUAGAAAGGUACCAUGACCUCACGUUUAAGGAGUUGAAGAGUGCAGAUUUUAUCAUGUGAUAAUGGUCCAGGAAGGAUGGUUGUGGAUAUAG